UCCAUCUGUCAGGUCUCUGCCCCUCCCAGGGGUCUGUCCCUGUCUAGCUGCCUCCAGUCUGAACCCAAAGAAGUCGCGCGGUUCGGUGGAACGCGGUCCUGCCCGACAAUGGACAGGAAGGUGGCCCGAGAAUUCCGGCACAAGGUGGAUUUCCUGAUUGAAAAUGAUGCUGAGAAGGAUUAUCUGUAUGACGUUCUACGGAUGUACCACGAGGCCAUGGAUGUCUCUGUUCUGGUGGGUGACCUGAAGUUGGUGAUCAAUGAACCCAAUCGCCUGCCCCUGUUUGAUGCUGUCCGGCCCCUGAUCCCGCUGAAGCACCAGGUGGAAUAUGAUCAGCUGACACCCAGGCGUUCCAGGAAGCUGAAAGAGGUGCGCUUAGACCGGACGCAUCCUGAAGGUCUGGGCAUUAGUGUACGUGGGGGCCUGGAAUUUGGCUGUGGCCUUUUCAUAUCCCACCUCAUCAAAGGAGGACAAGCAGACAAUGUCGGACUCCAGCUUGGUGAUGAGAUCGUCCGGAUCAAUGGAUACUCUAUAUCUUCCUGUACCCAUGAGGAAAUCAUCAACCUCAUCCGAACCAAGAAAACUGUGUCCAUCAAAGUGAGGCACAUUGGCAUGAUCCCUGUGAAAAACUCUCCUGAUGAGUCACUCAAGUGGCAGUUUGUGGACCAGUUUGUGGCAGAGUCAGGGGGUGGAAGGGGUGGUCUGCCCUCUCUCGGGAGCCGAGAAAACAGAGAAAAGAAAAUCUUCAUCAGCCUGGUUGGUUCUCGAGGCCUGGGAUGCAGCAUUUCAAGUGGUCCCACCCAGAAACCGGGCAUCUUUAUCAGCAAUGUGAAGCCAGGCUCCCUGUCUGCAGAGGUUGGACUAGAGACAGGAGAUCAGAUUGUCGAAGUAAAUGGCAUUGACUUCACCAACAUUGAUCACAAAGAGGCUGUAAACGUGCUAAAAAGCAGUCGAAGCCUGACCAUUUCCAUUGUAGCUGGAGCUGGCCGGGAACUCUUCAUGACGGAGCGUGAGCGACAGGCAGAGGUGAGGCAGCGGGAGCUGGAUCGGCAGGAGCUGAUGCUACAGAAGCGUCUGGCCAUGGAGUCCAACAAAAUCCUUCAAGAGCAGCAGGAGAAAGAGAGACAGAGAAAGAAGGAGAUUGCUCAGAAGGCUGCAGAAGAGAAUGAGAGAUAUCGGAAAGAGAUAGAGCAGAUCACAGAAGAUGAAGAAAGGUUCAAGAAACAAUGGGAAGAAGAAUGGGGCACAAAGGGGCAACUACUGAUGCCUAAGACCAUCACAGCUGAGGUGCACCCGCCACCGCCACGCAAGCCAAAAUCUUUUGGGUGGUUUUAUCGAUACGAAGGCAAAUUCCCAACCAUCAGAAAGAAAGGGAAAGAGAAGAAGAAAUCUAAGCAUGACAGCCUGCAGGAGCUGAGGAAGCACAAGAAGGAAAUUGAAUUUGAGCAAAAGCUUUAUAAGGAGAAGGAAGAGAUGCUGGAAAAGGAAAAGCAACUGAAGAUCAACCGGCUAGCCCAGGAGGUGUCAGAGACUGAGCGAGAAGACCUAGAGGAAUCGGAAAAGAUUCAAUACUGGGUGGAAAGGCUUUGUCAGACCCGCUUAGAGCAGAUCUCCUCUGCAGAGAACGAGCUUUCAGAGAUGACCACCAGUCCCCCAUCUUCCGUGACUCUCCUGGCCCCACCCCUACGACGCUUUGCCGGUGGCCUUCACCUCCAUACCACUGAUCUCGAUGACAUUCCCCUGGAUAUGUUCUAUUAUCCGCCCAAAAGACCAGCCCCUCUACCGCCGCCUUCUGCACUGCCCGUGAUGCCCCACCCCCCAACCCCUAACGUGCCUUCCAAGGUCUCAGCACCCCCUGUCAUUGUACCAGCUGGCCAGGCGUCCUCGUCUUCUACUUGGGUACGUCGCCCACCACCCCCACUCCCUCCUCCUCCGUCAGUUCCCACUCUGGACCUCAACCUAUCCCGCUCACUCCCUUCUGCCUUGGAAGAGGCCCUAGUGAGCCAUGGUCUCCAUUCUGGAGAUUCAACUGAACCUGUGGAGGACUGGGAGCUAAAGAAUUAUAGCGGGAGGCCCACAAGCUCCCCCCUCCCUGAACGGAGCUUCCCUCCAACUGCAAAGCCACUUUGUCCGAGUCCGAUGCCCCCACGAGGCCCCGGUGUGUCCACCAUCUCCAAACCCGUCAUGAUUCCUUAUGACUUCAACUUCGUUGGCAGGCCAGUGGUCAGAUCCGAGGUCUUGCCACAGGAGAUGCUGAAGAGGAUGGUGGUUUACCAGUCACCGUUCAGAAAAGACUUCAGGAAAUAUGAGGAAGACUUUAACCCUUAUUCCAUGUUCCUCCCAGAGCAGAUCACGGGGAAAGAUGUCCGGCUUCUACGAAUUAAAAAGGAAGGGUCAUUAGAUCUGGCUGUUGAAGGUGGUGUCGAUUCCCCAGUGGGGAAAAUCGUGGUGUCUGCCGUUUAUGAAGAUGGGGCUGCUGAUCGUCAUGGUGGCAUCGUGAAAGGUGAUGAGAUCAUGGCGAUUAACGGUAAGAUCGUGAUGGACUUCACCUUGGCAGAGGCCCAGGCAACCCUACAGAAGGCCUGGAACCAGGGCGGGGACUGGAUCGAUCUGGUCAUUGCAGUGUGCCCACCCAAGGAGUACGAUGAUGAGCUGACAUUUUUUUGAAGUCCAGGAGACACCAAAUCCACACCUAGCUGACAUCCAAUCUCUGAUUCUUCCAUCUGAACCUGUGACUGGUCAUCUGGUUUUAGGAAUGUCCUACCAUGCUGAUUUUGGUCCUCGCAGAUCACUGGAUCCUUUUCUGGGAGGUUCCACAAGCAGUCAGCAGGAUGUCUUCCCAUCUAUCAUUCAACGCUAAUGCUUCCUGGAGCCAGACUGGAAAUGAGCAGCUCAGUCCUGCCUACCUCCUCUCCAGGCCAAAGCCCAAGAGAGCUGGGA